AUGUUCAAAAAAUUGAUUACCACACCAUUCUUUUCCCCAAAUAAGCAAUUUAUAACUUUCCAACUUGAAAGUGGAAAAAGAAAUUAUUUUUCAAACAAUAAAAUUCAAUUACAUGGUGGUAGUGGUCAUAGACAACCACAAGUAACCAAAGUAGCAAUUGAAGGAAUUAAGAAUAUUAUAGCGGUAUCAUCAGCAAAGGGAGGGGUAGGAAAAUCAACAUGUGCAGUUAAUAUAGCGUUAGGAUUAUCAUCUCAUAAUUUAUCUGUUGGAUUAUUAGAUGUAGAUGUAUUUGGACCAUCGAUACCAUUAAUGAUGGAUUUAAAAAAUCAUGAAAAACCAUUCACUAAUGAACUUAAUCAAAUGAUACCACUUCAAAACUAUGGUAUAAAAUGUAUGUCAAUGGGAUUUUUAGUGAAUGAAGAUGAUCCAAUCAUUUGGAGAGGACCAAUGGUUGGUAGUGCUUUAGAAAAAUUAUUACGUCAAACUGAUUGGGGUCAUUUGGAUGUAUUGGUUUGUGAUUUACCACCUGGUACUGGUGAUGCUAUCUUAACAAUGUGUCAAAGAGUACCUUUAACUGGUGCUGUUAUAGUUUCAACACCUCAAGAUGUAGCUUUAGCUGAUGUUGUUAGAGGUGUUAAUAUGUUUAAAAAAGUUGAAGUACCUAUUCUAGGAUUAGUUGAAAAUAUGAGUUACUUUAAUUGUCCUCAUUGUAAUGAAUCAACACAUAUUUUUGGUAAUGAAGGUGCAAAAAAUACAGCAAAAAAAAUGGGUAUAAAUUUUCUAGGUGAUGUUCCAAUACAUUUACAAAUUAGAGAAACUUCUGACAGUGGUAAACCUAUAACAGUAACUCAACCAGAUUCACCACAAGCUAAAAAUUACAAAGACAUUUCAAAAGAAAUUAUUAAACAAUUGGAAAUUAUUAAUAAUGAUGAAAAUAAAGAUAAUAAAGAACCAAAUAUAAUCAUCACUUAA